AGCGGUUUCCAAGGUGUAAAAUCCUCAUCAGAAAGUAUGCUGUGUCGUUGUCUUUUGUUCUGGAUCUUACUGCGUCGUGCAGAUUCCUUUAGCGUCACAGUACCCUCUAGUCCUGUUCUCGUGGUGCGUGGAGCCACGGCACUUCUUCCCUGUGAGUUUGAACCAAACUCUAACGCUUUGGUGGUCACAUGGCAACGGGAGGAAGACGCUCGGGUGGUCCACAGCUUCUACUACGAGAGAGACCAGCUCGAACGACAAAGCUCCGAUUAUUUCAACCGGACAAAGUUAAAUCACAAAGAAUUUGCUAAAGGAAACGCAUCCCUGAGUAUAGCCAGUUUUGGACUGAAGGAUGCCGGGAACUACUUGUGCAUAGUGAGCAACAGCAAGGGAUCUGACAGAGGAGUGGUGCAUUUGGUUUACGCAGCCUUCUAUUCAGAGCCGAGGUUAAACAUCCUUCUAAAAUCCACCGAUGUGACUGUCCAGUAUGAGACGGAGGGCUACCCGAGGCCAGAGGUCAUGUGGCUGGGGUCAGGAGGUCAGAAUCUCACUGACCACCUGGAGGUUUCGUCUGCAUCAGACGGAGGACUGUUCUACUUAAAAAGCAGCUACAUAACCCAGAGUCCAGCGUUCAAUGUCAUAUUUACUCUAACAAACCCUGCUGUGCAUCAGAAGCUACAGAGGCAUGUUAACGUCACCUAUGAUGGGAACAUGAGCUCCAGAACUUCAGUUGUGGUUCUGUCUGUAUUGUGUUUUUUCCUCCUGUGCUCGACGGGUCUGCUGUUAUGGUUAUACUGUCGUGACAGGCGCAAAUGACCUCACGUCCAUACUGGACUCACAUGAAUUGCUGAAAAGUAACUACUGCUCUUCCAAUAGUGCCUCCAACAUUAUUUGUAAGUUUUUAUUAUAUUUAAAUGAAUACUGCUGCUCUACUAGACUUUAUGCAAAUACAGAUUUGGGACAGA